AUGCUGGAUACCAAAUUCCCCAUUAUUCUUCCGAAGAAUCACACUGUGACAUAUUUGCUGCUGGACAGUUACCAUGGACAGUUUCUACAUGGGAACACGGAAACGGUCGUCAACGAAGUCCGACAACAUUUUUAUAUUCCUCAGCUUCGUGUUCUUGCCCGGAAGCUGUCAAGACGGUGCCUAUGGUGCAUCGUCUAUAAAGCCAAACCAGUCACACCUAGAAUGGCUCCAUUACCUACCGCUCGACUGUCACCUUAUACCCGUCCAUUCAGUUACGUAGGCUUUGAUUAUUUUGGUCCCAUACUGGUGAAGGUUGGUCGGUCAAUUGCGAAAAGGUGGAUUGCAUUAUUCACGUGUCUCACUAUCCGUGCUGUUCACGUUGAGAUCGCACACGACCUUUCAACGCAGUCCUGCAUUAACUGCAUUCGACGGUUUGUUUGUCGUCGAGGACAACCACUGGAAAUACAUUCGGACAACGGUUGUAACUUUAAAGGAGCGAACAAUAUUUUACAAAAACAGAUGGAGCAAACAAUCAUUGAUUCGGCUGCUUCGUUUACCAACGCUCAAACUAAAUGGGUAUUCAUUCCCCCAACAUCACCGCAUAUGGGAGGCUCAUGGGAGCGAAUGGUACGCUCGGUCAAAGCUGCGAUGACAAGUCUACCUCAAGAUCGGAAACUAGACGAUGAAGCAUUGCAAACCGUAGCGAUUGAAGCUGAGGCGAUAGUAAAUUCUCGACCGCUCACGUAUCUGCCACUCGACUCAGAAGAGCAAGAAGCACUGACCCCAAACCACUUCAUUUUAAUGAGUUCAACAGGUAUAAACCAACCUGCUGUUCAAAUAUCCGAUCCCACCAAAGCGGCCUUUGGAACGAGGGCCCUCAUUCAGCGAAAUUUGGAUCACUUCUGGAGACGGUGGGUGCGUGAGUACUUGCCAACUCUAACGCGAAGAACAAAAUGGUUUGAGGAAACAAAACCCAUCGAACCCGGCGACUUGGUAGUAGUUAUCGACGAAUCCAGAAGAAACGGAUGGGUGCGUGGGCGCGUCAAGGAAAUUUUACCGGGCAAAGACGGUCGUGUGAGACAAGCAGUAGUUCAAACUUCCGGAGGGUUGUUUCGUCGCUCGGUAUCGAACUUAGCGGUGCUGGAUGUGCCUAGAGGUUGUAAUGCUGAGCUCGGUACUCAUCGUUACGGGAAGGGGGAUGUUGCCACAGAAGCACCGCAACUGGUAACUCUAUCUUCAACAACCACACGCAUGCAGAGCUGA